AAUGUGAUGACGGAUCUUUAAUCCUGCUCUCUCAGGAAUAUUUGAAGGGUAUUUUUUCCUUAAGACCAGCAUUCUGAUUCCUUUGCAUAUAGCAAACGGAAGCUUUUAGGCAUCGAGUAUUAUAGCGUAGCCUCACUGACUACAGCAAGAGACAUUGAAGUAUAUUGAGGAUAGCAAUACAAGGAUAGCAAUACAAGGAUACCUGUACACCUGACGACAACUUUAUUCGCAAAAAUGACAAAAAAUAACACAACUGAAGGACAAGAAACAGUGAGCCCUAAACUCUUCCUUGCUCUUGGAGUCUUUGAAAUCUUUAUCAGUCUUGUAGGAUCGACUGGAAAUUUACUGACUUGCUUUGCUGUGAUUAGAAACAAAAAUUUACACCAUGCAACCAACUUCUACGUACUUUCCCUUGCAGUAGCCGACUGUUUGGUUACAAGUAUUUUGGUCCCUGUACGAGCAGGAGAGCACUUGGCCAUCUUUACAGGCUUUGUUCCACCUUCUAAAGUGGUGAUAGAAGUUGCUGUGUUCAUAGGAAGAGCCACAAUUCUAUCGUCAUUGGCGAGUCUUUCUGCAUUGAGUUUUGACCGCUAUAUGGCACUUAAAUAUCCCAUUAUAUAUCGAGUACGAAUUCGAUACAAUUUCACUCGAACUCUUAUCAUCGUUUCCUUACUUUGGAUCAUUUCUUUGUUUCUUACUACGAUUCCUAUGUUCCCUGGGGUGAGCCCAUUUCAGGGACUCAUCAUCUUUGUAGUAUUUGUCUUUAUUAUGACUUUAAUAAUUUUCAUCACAAGUUGGAAGAUUCUAAAGCUCGUCAAACAACUUUUUAAUAGAUUGAAAAAGUUUAGGUCGACGAAAGCGAGCGAAGAAACUUCGUACGCGGAUCACUUUUCCUUCGCCAAAUGUUCGAUAUUUCGUAACAUGAACAAAAUAGACAUGGAUGGAAGAGGGAAAUCGUUUGUGGAACAAAAGCCAUGUUUCUCACUUGGUGGUAAAAGGAAGCUUGCUUUUGAUAAUAAAGCUUUUUGUAUUGAACAUCAAUCUGUCAGGCUUUUAGCAGUAACACGAAUUGUAAGCAACGAUGAUUAUGGGAACUCCACCACUUGCCCUGAAGUUGAAGGUACCUCUUUCUCACUAACCGACGAGAUGAACUCAAAAAGUCUCGCGCAAAAAUCUGUCAACGCCUCGAAUAAUUCACACACACAAGAGUUUGAGCACAAAUCAUUGAAGUCGAAAGAAAAACUGGCUGCUAAUACUUCUGGAAGAUUAGGAGGAGUUUCGUCACUGGCAGAUGGAUACAUCGCUAAGACGAUAGCCAUUAUCACUUGUGUAUUUGUAGUUUGUAUCUAUCCACGAAUCGUCCUCAUUUUGUAUCACUUGGCCGUCAAGGAAAAUCAAGCAACACGAAUCUGGCGUUUGUGGCUGAAAAUUUUGAUCUACACUAACUCUAUUGUAAAUCCGUUUUUGUAUGCUUGGAGGUUUAGGGAUUUUAGAAGGGAAUUCUUUUAUCUGAUUAGAAAGCUAAAAAGAACGAUUUGUUAACUCCAAAAAAACUGUUGGCUUCUUAUUGUCAUCAAAUUAAUCUAGUGUUCUUGGGAACGCAAUCAAAAAAUAGCUGAGGGAAAUACUAUUAGUAUGUGAGAUAGGAGAGAAAAGAAAAUAGUCUUACCGCUCAACGUACGAGUAAACUGAUAACUGCCGAACGGCCUUUUGAAUAAAGGAAUACUUCUUAAGCUUAGCGAACUAUAAAUCUCGUUGAACGUUGCAAGAGACCUGAUAAACCAGAGACAAAUAUGAAAAUCUGUUUAAGGAUAUGUUCAUGGUAAAAUUGAAAAUUCUUUAUUUCUUUCUUUCUCUCUCUCUCUCUCUCUCUCUUUCUUUCUUUCUCCCUUCCUUUUAAAUCUCUUUCUCUUUUCUGCAUAUCAUUCGCCAGUAAGUUUUCCAU